AUCCGGUUGGAGAGGAGAACAGACACACGCAACAAUUACCAGUUUACAGUGAGCAGAGCAAAGAGGGAGAGACAGAGAGAGAUGGCCUCAGCGAAUGAGUCCAAACAGGUGCAGAAAGAUGCUGCAGACCAGAACUUUGACUAUAUGUUCAAGUUGCUGAUCAUUGGCAACAGCAGUGUUGGCAAGACCUCGUUCCUGUUCCGAUAUGCAGAUGACUCCUUCACGUCUGCCUUUGUCAGCACGGUGGGCAUUGACUUCAAAGUGAAAACCGUCUACAGAAAUGAGAAGAGGGUGAAGCUGCAGAUAUGGGACACUGCAGGCCAGGAACGUUACCGUACCAUCACUACAGCAUACUACAGAGGUGCCAUGGGAUUCCUGCUAAUGUAUGAUAUUGCCAACCAGGACUCCUUCAAUGCUGUGCAUGAUUGGGCUACGCAGAUCAAAACCUACUCCUGGGACAAUGCUCAGGUCAUCCUAGUUGGUAAUAAAUCUGACCUGGAAGAUGACCGUGUAGUCCCCACAGAAGACGGAAGGCGGCUGGCUGACGAUUUAGGCUUUGAGUUUUUCGAAGCAAGUGCCAAAGAAAAUAUUAACGUGAAGCAGGUUUUCGAACGCCUAGUCGAUAUCAUCUGCGUGAAGAUGUCCGAGACCCUUGAUGUGGACCCCACGCUGAUCGGCAACAACAAGAAUUCAUCCCUUGCCGAGAACCCCCAGCCACAGCAAAGCAGCUGUCCAUGCUAGGAACCCUCACGUCUGACCUCUUAGUCUCCUAAAUCAUCAACCACAGAGGGAGGAUCCGCUAAGAAUGGAUUUGGGGAAGGGAGUGAAAUUAGGCUUCAAAACAUAUUUAAAACUUGUCAGAGUGUAUCAUUUUUUUAAAAAUUAGGAACUUGGCCAAACAUUUCUACGUGUGAUAGACAGGCACUAGUUUCCACCUGCCCAUCCAGUUGAGGUGUUGCUUUCAACACUUACUCAUACAGGUCUAAGGCAGCUAUUGUUAAACCACCAAGGGAAGCAGGAAUUGGUGGAUAAAAUAGUACAUGUCAGCACUGGCAUUGGUAGGUGGGGCCCUGUGCCGUCUAUAGUUGGGAGGGGUGUUUCCAAAUCGGGAAACUGGGAUCAAGAGUAAUUUAAAAAGAAGUGACCCCCAAGUUUGGAGUUUUUUUUUUAAUCUUUCCGUUUGAAAAUAAGAUGAAGACUGGCGCAGACAUUAACCACUGAGCGGGUUGGGAUGGAAAUAACAGUACCACUUCCUAGGGUCUUCAUGGGUUAUUGGUGAUCAAUGGUGUAAAUGCGUGAAGACAUUGCUCAAUGAAACCAUGCCCCACCACCCAUUUCUUCAUUCCUACCCCAUAAUGUGGAGGAAUGUUACACUAAGGAAGCUAGCUUAGGACUUUGAGUCUUCUGCCAUUACUGCAGCCCUGGCAUUAGUGCAGUGACUAAUGUAAAGCAUUAACGCCAAAUUUGGAGCAGUGUUUGUGUGUGCAUGUUGCCAGUUCUCUGCUCUAUAUGUAUAAAUGAAUUGUUUUCAGAAUUGGUGAGCUGGUGUUUUAUUCGCUCAUGUCUCUGCAAUGCGGUUUUGACUUCCAUUCAAGAAGUUGACUCACCUGUAGGAAGCGAAGCUCACACUAGAAGGACUCUCUGUGAAUGUGUUUCAUAUCUUUGACCCCUAGCUGCUACAUGUCCGUACCUGUCUUUCACUGGCUUUUACAGGAGAUCUCUCAUGUGUGUCUUCUUGUAUUGAAGGUUGCCUCAGCAGGUGUAGUGACUGAUCAGCAUGAAGUCAGCAGGCGCAGUAUAUUGUCUCUGAUUUUAAAACCAGCAAAAGGAACCUGUCCCAUUGAGUGAAAUUACAUUUACGUAGAAUUUGCAGCACAGAAAGAGGCCAUUUGGCCCAACUGGCCUGUGCCAGUGUUAAUGCUCCACAUUAACCUCCACCCACCCUUCAUCUAUCUCACCCUCUGUGUGAUCCUUCUAUUUCUUCCUCCUUCAUGUGCUUAUCUACCUUUUUUGCCUCCCAGUGCCUCUAUAUUCUUUCUAUAAUAUGAAGACCAGAACUGUGCACAGUACUCCAGGUGUGGCCUAGCCAAGGUUCGAUACGAGUUUAGCAUGUUGUUUUGAAAUGUUUUGAAACAUUUCUAAAUCGUCUUGCCUGCGGUUUCUAAAUUAAAUGAAGAGGCCAAGUAUUUGGUAGCAAGGAGUGUUUGAAAUCCACCCAUAGGGGUUGGAAUUGCCAAGUAGACUUCAUAAAUUCUAUGACUCCUCCACAGGUGUGUUUCUUCAGUUCUUUGCCAGGUUGCUAGAGCAUUUCUUUCAGAAGGACUAAACUGACCAAGGAGACUUGAUUCCACAGAGUGGGCAUACAUUCAGUUCACUGGCACCGUGUCAUUGAGGACAGUAAUUGUCAAAGUCUCUGUGGUCUAGCUUUCUUCAGACUGAGGGGUUGAAAGUGGACAUUCACCCUUGUCCAAGGGUUGGGGAAGAGGUGGGUUCGUGGUUUGAGUUCUGAUUUGCUGAUGGUGACAUUGUCACAUAAGGAGACUCGGGAAUUUAUAAACUGUUCACCCAAAAUUCAGACUGGCUCAAAACUUGGGUGCGCUGUAAUGGGAGGAGAUUCUUUUCAUUUGCUCUUUUUCAAAGAUGCUGGUUUUAAAGAUAUUUGUUUGUUGAUUCACCCUGGCAGGAUGUCCCAUUGCUUGUUCCUUGGCUUUGAACCCAAACAGCAGCAGAUAUCAGUAAUCCCCAUUGUCUGUGGCCUGCUGCCAAUGGAUACCUGUUCACAGGAGUAACUUUUAGAAGAUAACCCGGUCUAGAGUUGUUGUCUUCUCAUAUAUCGGUGGUGCUUUUGCAGGCCUGACUGUCAGUAUUACAGUGUACACAUUUUAUUUUUCUUGGGAUAUGGGCAUCUCUGGCUCGGUCAGCAUUUGUUGCCCAUUGCUAAUUGUGCUCGAGAAGGUGGUGGUGAGCCAGCAUCUUGAACCGCUGCAAUCCAUCUGGUGUAGGU